AGUCGGUGGGGCUCCCAGUGGAUAGCACUGCCUGUCUAAACACCAGUUAACCACAACCGACUCGACCUGAAGGUUUCAAUGGUGUUGGCUUGAUGGGAUCAAAGGGGGUGGCAGAGUGAUGGUCUAAGGACUGGCAGUCCCAGAGGUGCUUGCGCGUGGAAUGUUGCGCUGGUCGGUGCACCUAGAAGGAGGGCCGCGGAGAGUCAACCAUGCUGCUGUGGCGGUGGGGCACAAGGUGUACUCCUUUGGAGGCUACUGCUCUGGGGAGGACUACGAGACACUCCGUCAGAUUGAUGUGCAUGUUUUCAACACAGUGUCUUUGCGCUGGAUGAAGUUGCCUCCAGUGAGGACGGGAGGACACGAACGUGCCCGUGAAGUGCCAUAUAUGCGUUAUGGCCACACAGCUGUGCUGCUUGAUGACGUUAUCUACCUCUGGGGUGGGCGUAACGACACAGAGGGGGCCUGCAAUGUGCUUUAUGCCUUUGAUGUCAACACCCACAGAUGGUUCACACCCAAGAUUUCGGGGACUGUUCCAGGGGCAAGGGAUGGCCACUCGUCCUGCGUCCUGGGGAAAGCAAUGUAUAUAUUUGGAGGAUAUGAGCAGCUGGCUGACUGCUUCUCCAAUGACAUUCACAAGCUGGACACCACCACCAUGAUUUGGUCAUUAAUCAAUGCCAGAGGCACACCUGCACGCUGGAGGGACUUCCACUCAGCCACCAUCAUCGGGACAAAGAUGUUUGUGUUUGGAGGGCGAGCAGACCGUUUUGGUCCCUUUCACUCCAACAACGAGAUCUACUGCAACAAGAUCAAAGUGUUUGACACAGAGACCAACUGCUGGCUGAGCACCCCUUCAACACAGCCGUUGCCAGAGGGACGCAGGAGUCAUUCAGCCUUUUCGUACAACGGGGAGCUGUAUAUAUUUGGAGGAUACAAUGCCCGUCUAGACCGGCACUUCAAUGACCUCUGGAAAUUCAAUCCAGAAGCCUUUUCCUGGAAGAAGGUAGAGCCGAAGGGUAAAGGCCCAUGUCCGCGGAGACGGCAGUGCUGCUGUAUGGUUGGAGAUCGAAUCAUCCUCUUUGGAGGAACCAGCCCCUGUCCAGAGCAAGGAAUGGGUGAUGAAUUUAACCUCAUGGAUCAUUCAGACCUGUAUAUCUUAGACUUCAGCCCUAAUUUGAAGACGUUAUGCAAAAUAGCUGUUAUUCAGUACAGUCUGGAGCAGUCAGGACUCCCACAUGAUAUCAGGUGGGAACUGGCAGCCAUGACCACCAACAGCAACAUCAGCAGGCCCAUCUUCUCCUCCCAUGGCUGAUGCCGCUAAAGGUGAAGCAGAAGCGGGACUCCUUGCUCUGUUUCAGGACACUGAGCUUUCAUCUUUCUGAGUAAAGCUCCGACUGACUGUUUUUGUAGAGUUUGGAUCUGUAUGGGAUUUACUUUCCACAUUCUCCAAGUGAAAACUCAUUACUGACCAAAAUAUCUCACGUUUGACUUCCUUGGACACCAUGAGCGCUCUCUCAUGUCUAAGGACAUUUUAACCCUUGAGACACUGGUUACGUGCGACAGAAAUUGUUGACACCCGUUCACCUUUUUUGUCUUUUUUUCUAGCCUCUCUAGAAAUCCAAUCAGCCUAUGAUAAUCAUAGACUUCUAAUCUUAAGCACAGGAAGAGACAAGAACUUCAGCCAAAGGUCUUGAGAGCUAACCUCUUUGUUGAGGACGUCGUCCUGAUGUCACACUCAGCAGAUCUCCCCUGAGAGACACACGUGAACCUUCUGUUCCAGAUAUAAAGAGACUGAGAUGGUCAUUAAUUUAGAAAUCUUGCAGCUCUACUCCAUAAAAUGACCAUGUCCAUUAGUGGGAAAUGAAGUAAUGUACGCUGAUAUGGAGUGGGAAAGGCUAAUUUAUUACUUUGGUGUUAAAUGCAAGAAGACAGAGUAUUGGGUAUUUUUUGGGUGUUAUGGUUGUGAAAGAUUCUGUUUGACUGGCUUUCAAUGCUCAAACUUAUUUUCCCCCACUUCAUCAUAACUCGGCGAGCACCUGUCUCCUCUUAAGUGUCUUUAAGGUGAUUUGCAGGACGCUGAAGCAAGCCGUUUGUCUGCCUUGUAGAAUUAAUCAAAUCCAUCUACCUCCCUAAUUAGUGUGUAUCAAUGAGUCUUCAACAAGACUUCUCAUACAUUACACAUUUGCUUUCCCCCAGAAAAAAAAGCCUUUUCACAGGGAAGUUUGUAUUCGUGGCUGUAUUCUUCCAAGAAAUGUUGUCAGUGGAAGAGUGCGACUCACCUGCCACCCCGCUCCUUACCUUGUCGUUUGUUUUCUCAGUGCCAAAUGUAGAAGGGACUCAUGAUGCAAACAUAUACUGUGUAUGUGUUUAGGCACGUGGUCCCGUCUACACAUAAUCCCAGCCCACCUGCUUCAGCCUGCAUGUUGUUGUGAGGGAGAUGAUCACUAAUAUGCAUAAUGUAGUUGUUCUUCUUAUAGACAAUCCUACAGCGAUCAGAGACUCUGUGCUUAUUCACAGUACGGUGAAAAACCAGGAAAGUGUGCGCGUGUGUUCGUGUACGACUGUGAGCAAAGCUGAACCUGAGCAGAAAACGCAUAAGGGCUGUUAAUAGAUUAUACACUCGCCACACAGCUGGAAAAAGACUUGGGAAAGCUCGAAUUGGGGAUGUUUAUUCAGGUUGUGUGUUUUUAUUCUGAUUACAAAUUUUAGAACAAAAAAUUUGGAAACACAGGUGUUGUGGUGGUGAUCUUUUUUAAAAGCUUUUAUCUUCACUCAGCAAUUGAAGGAUAAAUUUGGUGAUAUUCUGUAUUGUGAUGAGGUCAACAUAGUCCAUAAAAAAGACCAAAAUCUAAUAGGGCUUUCUCAAAUACCAUAUUUUGGGCUUCAAAACUUCAGUGAUAAUUACUUGCAAGUAUUCAAAGUUUUGACGGUAUGCGGUGCGACCCGGGGCGGGUGGGGUUCCAUCAUAUCCAGUUUGUCUCACCUGUUCGUGGUCAGACAGCCAAUCAAAUUGCUUAAAGUUGGGGAUGAUGACUGCGCUGAGGACACAAGCCUCAUCCGUGUCUGACACUUGCCAACUUCUUUCAGUUUCCUGAAACAAAACAAAAAAAGCAUUCAAAUACUGAUUUUGACAUUGAUUUCCAUGGCAACAAUUCAAGCUUCAAAGCAUUCAGGUCAGCCCUAAAACCGACAAUCUGUUAGUCUGUCUCUCAACACUUCCUUCCCUGUCUGUGGCUCUCAGUUUUUCCUACUGUGCCACAUCAACUUAAGGAUAAUUCAGUUGCUAAAAAAGCUGGGUGCUGUAGUUUUUAACAGCACAACUCAAACAGAAGUAAAUAAAGCAUUUUCUGAGGGCUUUUCUUCAGUUGAUGCACUUGCAAGCAGGACGGUGUAUUUAUGAUUGACUCAAAGAAAGUUCAAUUGGCAAUGUUCAUGAUUAUGAAAAAAAAAAUUAUCUCAGUACAGUGCCGUGGCUCGUAUUUGUUUUUUUUUUAAUAGUUUUUGGACUACAAUUGAAAUCUGCGGAGCAAGAUCAAUAAGAAAUUUCAUUAUAUGGACAAUACUUUUAAGAUCUUUUUUUUUUGUGGGAUUGGGAAAUAAAAUACAGAAUAUCACCAGACUUACCCUUUGAAUCUUAGAAAUAUGAAUAAGUAAUGUGGCAUGACACUGAAAUCAGUAUCUUGGUGAGGAUGAAUAUACAGGCAAAAUAGUUUUAUUUAUACUGCCUAUUUAUUGUGAUGUGAAUAGGAACUGUGUUACCACACACUUGUGAGCUGCAUCAGUGCUUUUUAGUCCUCAUCUUUGGGAACCUCAGCUCUGCUGUUUUCUGUCUGGCCAGAUAGUUAAAAUGCAUUUGUAUCAGUCAGUCUCUGAUUUAUCGGUUAGAAUUAAACCCUGAAGAGCUCUAGAUCCCAAACAUCAGGACUUCACAACACUGACCUACAUGGUAAAUGUUUACAAAUCUAUAUAAUUUCAUGUGAAGCAGUGUAAACAAUCUUAAGAAUGCAGGUUGAAGUCACCAGAAAACUGCACUAAAGCCAACCGCGGCACGGCAGGCCUUACAUAGAAGAGACGUGUCGAUGCUGCUUUUCGCCUGAGUAGAGCUCCAGAGUUUGAAACGUUUGCCUGCCCAAAACAAGUCUGAAUUUUAUUUAUAGACCGGUGGUGCCAAUGUGACUCAGUCUUACGCCCUGUACACUGCACAUGGACAUAUCACACACUUGAUAUUCCUCAGUAUCCCUGGACUAUACAACAGCUGAUGCCAUAAAACCACAGGGAAGCUAAUCGUGUGUUCACAAAAAAAGAAAAAAAAAACAAACACUGGUGAACAAAUCAAACUUUAUGUGACACCAAAUGGACAUCGGCAUAACUAAUGAUGUUUAUUUCUUUUUUUUUUCCUAAUGUGUGGAAUGGAAGUCGUUUUUAUUUCAGGAUUUUGGUCCUUGUUGCGUGUGAAGAUUAUGGGUGAUGGUAUUUCAGUCGAGAACUUUUCAGGAAUAUGACGAAGUAAAUAUCAAGUAAAUGACAAUGUGGACACUACAGUUGAAAAUAAAAUACCUGCACAACACAUUUCCUCAGUGAUAGUUGCUCACUUACCUCCAGUAAGCUAAUGCUAACGGCAAGUGUCAGUGAUUGUUGCCUCAGCAUAUUGGCAUUACAUUUUUAAUGGCAGUAAUGUAACACCACAGUUUCUAAGGCUUCUUUGCUGUUUCUCAUUUAACUUUGCGAGGAAGCUUUAGCAAAUGGUUGAUCAAACUUGGCAGCCGGGUGACUCUUGCUUAUCAAAACGCUGCUUCUGUUGAGAAGAGUGCAUCAUUAGCUCAUAACGCACGCUCAUUAUUAAGUUAUUCAGUGUGAGCAGUAAUGAUUUGCCAAGCAGACGUAUGGCACCGACUGAUUUCACGCCAAGAAGUGUGUUCUAUCUUUAGGGCUUACACUAAUGGUUGGAUACUUCAUAAAUAACAAAGAAUUCUUGGAAAAAAAUACAGAACAAAGUAUGGAGUGUAUUUGGAUUCAUUUUUACAACUGUGCAGGCUCCCAAUGUUUAUUGUUUUUAUUUUAUUUUAUAUUUGACACAUUUUUCAGAGGGGACUGUCAUCGUUGGUCAGGACUUCCUGUGCAAUAUGCUUUAUUACUGUAUCAAUAAUAAAUCUGAGACAAUUUGAGUUGUUAA